UAGUAAAACGAGGAGUGUUGCCAAAAGAAAAUGACGGCCUUUUUGCCGCCGAAUCUACUCGCACUUUUUGCUCCUCGAGAUCCAAUCCCAUACUUACCACCUUUGGAUAAACUCAGUUUUCAAAAACGACCAUGGCUGUACACUGGGCUGGGAAAGUUCGUCAGAGUAUUCGAGGUAAGAACUUGUUUACUUUGUAUAGCUUAGUAACAUUUCUGGGUCAUCUUAGUGUGAGAGAUGGAAAGAAAUUUACUUGUUACGUUCGAGUGGCGAACUUAUAGUUGUAAUUGAAUAAUAUUAUUCUAGCUCCUACACUCUAGAUUUUUAAGAGCUUCAACUUGAUUUCGUUUAGCUCACCGGUUAAGUUCUCAUUGCUUAUGGAAUUUCUUUUUUCGUGAAAGUUUUUCCUUGAUCUCUACUUAUAGUGACUUGCUUAGUUGUUGUACGGAAACAAGAAAUUCGAAAUUGGUCCAUAAAAUUGUUUAGCCUUCUGUUUGACUUCGGCAACCUAAUGGCGUGAAGGCUGUUCAAACCUAAAAAAUUAAUCUAUUCAAUACCUUUUAGAAUUUGAUCUCCUGUGUUAUUCCAUGUGCGGUGCUUGGUGAAAAAUUCACAGUUACAAAUCAGAAGGCCAGGCUGAAAGUAAUGUCCCCCUGAGUUAUGUUGACUUUGCACUUAGGCUGUUUCAAAUGCCGCAGUGCUGCCAAGCCAAGCUGGCUCAAAAGUAGUGUAGUAUGACUGCAGUGCAACUUAGUAUCAGGCAUCAAAUUUAAUUCAGUUGAUUUAAAUAGCUGUUGCUGAAACGAAAUUAACCAUUUCAGCCAAACUUUUUUGAUAACAUAUGAGGAGUGCAGUGCUGCAGUUGCACGUCAUGUGAAAUGAAGUCAUGCUACUGCCAUGUAGCACUGCAAAGCUUGCCAGGGUGCACUUUUCAGAAACCAGGAACUAGUAAAUAAGCAGCCUGGGUUGCAGAUGUAAUCUAAACCCAGUUAGUAACAUCUGUGAAGCAGUGCUGAGAUCCUUGUUCCAACAGAUCCAACAGACUCAGCAAAUUACCUGGGGCCGGUUGCUUGAAGCCUGGUUAGCGCUAACUGUUGGUUAAGAGGUGUCAAAAUGUAUAGGUUUCCAUGGCAUUUAACGCUGGUUAGCACUAACCAUGCUUCGAGCAACCCGGGCCUGAUGGGCAAAACCAAAAUGGCAUUUUUAACAGACCAAUCAUGGCGCAUACUCAAAUCCUGAUAACCAGGUGGGAGUUCAGAACAAGGAUUUUGGCACUGUUUCGUAGAUGGCCUUAACCAGAAGUUUAGGAUUGUCUGUGGCACAGGCUAAUGAGUAGCAUAAGAACUACACUGUAACGAUUUCAAUACAUAAUCAAGAGAAACAUUUAUGUGAAUUGUUAAAAUAAUCAACAAAGGGAAAAUUCUUUCAACUGAUUCUGUAAGGAAAUGUAGGGAGAUCAGUUUGGAAAAUUUGUAACUUGAUAAUGGGGUUUAAAGGUUGAAGUAUUUCGUUUUUGCUGCAGCAAGGUUGCCUAUCUUGUAGAGAGUGGACUGUAGUUUAUUUUUUCACUUAAGAUUUCCUCCACACCUUAACCCCGAUAGUGAAAGUUUUUAGUAGAUAAUAAUGCAAACUAUGGUACGUGAUGAAUAUUUUGUUAUGUUUUCAGGAUCCAGAAACUACUCCACCACCCACUCGAGGCGAAACCAGAGAUGAGAAGACAGAACGAAAGGUGCCAUUUUUUAAGUGCCUGUUGUAUUGGCUGCUUUAAAGUUUAGGUUGUGUUACCAUUUGGUAAUCUGCCCUGUUCUACACAAGAGUCCCUGAAAGAAUUUUCUACCCCCAAUCUGAAAGCCUUUCUAAUGCAAAAUACUCUGUUAGAAAGCAAGUUACUAAACCUUAUUGUGCUGCUUGCCUUUUAAAGCCUAUUUACAUCGUCAUUCUGUUGUCUUGUUCAAAACAAACAUAACAGCAGUUCAAAUCUUCACUUGUCUCCUCAGGUUAACCCUUGAUCUCACAAAAAUAGUCCUGGCCAGCUUUGGACACUGAAUUUAGAGUUAUCUUUUAACUUUUAUUGGUGAGGUGAUUUUUUUGUAAUGGGGUUUUAUUGAUCAUUUCAGAGGAAAGAGAAAGUGGAGCGAACAACAAAGUUUAUGGAUGAUCAAUUGGAACAAUGUAAGUGAUUGUCAGUGUUCCUUAUAUGCUUUGCACUUGCCUAACAGUAGUUUGCACAACUUCUGCACUACAAGUAGGUAAUAUCAAUAAGAUUGUUGUAUCUUGCCUGCUGGUUUAGCCUGUGACAUAGAGCUCAAAAUGAAAAUUGAAUUUCAGUUUGUUCCUUGGACAAGCAGCUCUCACAUUUUGUUUUCCUCCUAGGGUCAUUGUUUAAUACUAAUAAUACUAAUUCUUUAUUUAUAUAUUGCUUUAUACAAGGUUCUAAAGUGCUUGAAGAAAUAUAAAUAAUAUAAUAUAAAGAGAUAUAUAAAAUUUGCUAAAUUUGCUGAUCUUAAAAGCUAUGUUCAAGGAAUAUUAACAUUUAGAAAUUGCAAUUACAGUCCACAGAAAGUAAAAAUAAGCUAUUCUAAACAAAUAGCUCUUCAGUUUAGAUUUAAAUUUUUAAGUUGGUUUAAGUUUUUGACAGAUCUAAUUUCAUAUGGAUCAGAACUCCGCAGUUUCAAUGCUGCAACACUGACAGCAUGGUGUCCAAACGAAACAGUUUUUGUACUGGAACUUUUAAUAACAACUUGUUCUUAGCUUGCUUAAAUUAUCUUGCCUGGACCCUUGCCCAUUGGGCAAGUGAGCUAAGCCCUUACCAAGUCAUUUGCCUGCGAAGAAAACCAACUGUUUCUGACUGACAGAAGUUUUCCCAGCCCGGGACAGGAGCAAAGGACAUUUAAUUUAUUAAUUUCUGUUCUUUUUCAGGGGAUCCCCACAGUGAUGCUAAUGCUGUUGGAACUGAUGCAUUUAAGACACUUUUUGUUGGAAGAAUUGUAUGUAGUGCUUUUCCUUACUUUAGGUCUACUGUAGCACUUGUUUAAUCAAUUAACCCCUUGAGACCCAAGUGUUUCUCUUAAAAGGGUUGUCACUAACAUUUCUUAUUAUCAUUUGAUGCAAAUUUUUGUUCCUUUUCAUUGGCCAAGAACCCACCACUUGACCUGCAAAUAACUGCCUACAAUUAUUAAUAAUGGUCUGCUCAUGCACAAUGUCAUCCAACCAUGUUUGGCUGUAACAAUAUUCCCCUCAUGAGUAAAUGAUACCUUGCUUUUCUCCUUCUUGCGAUCACUCUUGCAUGAAAUAGGCAGCUUCCCGAAAAAUAUUUUACAAAAAACAAACUCGGUGACUGAGUGAUAAAUUAUUAUUGAACUCGGUUAUCACAAAAUAUUGUGAUUUGUCAGUGUCUCACAGAUCAAUUAUUUCCUGAGCCUUCAGCUUCGGUAAAUAAUAACUGCUUGCCACUGACAAAACACGGUAUUUUGCUCAACCUCGUCCAAUAACUGUUAAUUGUCACGUAUAUAAAAUUUGUAGGGGGGGGGGGAGUUAAACAGGUAGGAAGUUCUUCUUAAUCUUCCUCUUGUUUCCUACGAAAGCAGCUGGGAGUCAUGCCCAUAUAAUACAGGGAAAAUCAGUGGCCUUUAGUGACAGCCCUCAAGUUUAAAGAUAUGUAAUCAAGUGAAAAGCUUUUGAGAAGUAAUAAAGUGAUCAAGAAGGGGAAAAUGCAUUGUUCACAAAACAUUUCUCUCACUUUAUUAUUUGAGGAAAUGUCGGCAGAUAAAAUCUUCUCUGGAGAAUACUAAGGCUUCAACGGUUAAUAGUGAAAAAUUUUCAGAUUAAAUUUACAUGUAAUUAUGAUCUCCACUACUCCCUUUUAUUAUCUAUGGAGUGUAUGGAAUGACAUUAACAAUAUGAAUUGAAUGUAAAUGUGGAAACAAAAGAACUUACCUUCCUAUCUGGAAGACUCAACUCUGGUUAAAAUUUAUUUUUCUGUUUUAAAAAUUUUGUUUAGAACUAUGAUACGUCUGAAUCUAAGCUCAGAAGAGAGAUGGAACUCUAUGGACCAAUCAAAAGGGUGAGUAUUCUGAACUUUGAACAAGAUUAUUAUUGAGCUUGAUGGCCCUCUUUCAGUUAAAACAAACCAAAGAAAGUGCUGAAGUCUUCCAGUUUUUUCCUCCUUCACCAUGGAUUACUUCAAUAAUAUCCACAAUACUUACAAGAGCUUUGCCUGCAAAAAUUCAGAUGUGUUAUGCACAUAAAACUUUUGUAUACAGUUAACUGCUUCUAACACGUAUAAGUUCCCCACUUAUAAGCACCCACCCCGCCCCCUGAUUAUAAGCUCUUCCAGAUACAAGCCCCUCUCCAAAUGAAUUUGAUUUAUUUUGACAUUUUGAAGCUUACAUGUAAUAAUGAUUAAAAACCAGUAAAUGCAAAACAUAUUUUGAUCUGCACUACAAUGGCUUGUUUCAAAAUGCUUUUUCUAUUCAGGUUAUAACCCCCUCAGAUAUAAACCCCUCCAUUUAUAAGCUCUCCUAAAACCCCUUAGAAGAUAUAUAAGCCCAGGGCAUAUGAGCGGCAUUUAACGGUAUUCUCUCAUUCUCUCAUGACAUCAUUGCAUUGAUGUUCAUGCAGAAUCUACCCUUUCCCUUGUUCCAGAGAACAAUAAAUGCCCACUCUGAACAGGAUUUCAUUGAUGUAGCAUGACAGAAUUUCUCGUUCACAUAUUUAUACUGAAAUUAUUAUUUGCUUACUUGAUCUGUUUGCAGAUUCAUCUUGUCCACAAUAUAAACAACAAUAAACCCAGGGGCUAUGCCUUUGUUGAGUAUGAGCAUGAACGUGACAUGCACGGUAUGUAUAAAACAUAAUUUUUUUACUUUCUCUUGCUUCUUUAAGCAAUAAUAUUCUUUAAUUUGGUACAGCAACCUUGAUUUUAGCUCUAUGCCCAAAUUUUUGGCAGGCCAAAACUAACUUGGCUAAAUAUUAACGAGUUUGGACACGUCUGUUUUGUGCACCCGUUAAAAAUUUUGAGGUCAGCGUUAUGAUGGAUCACUUUUUAGUUUGAACUCAUUUUUAGAUACCUCAAAUAGCUGUACUUUAAGUAUUGGGUUGAGCCAAGUAUGUCAUACUAACAGACCUUGAGAUGGAACCUUGAAAUGGAAGUUGUAUUCAUUGCUUAGUACACCACAACAAACAUUUUGGUGGCCACUAUCUUCCUUGCUUUUCCUGAUCUACUUACUAAGAAGUUUUGGUAUACAUGGUUAUGAAUGUCGACAUUUACAUUAGGAGGAAAAACAAAAGUGGUUUGCCAUGAAUGUUUGGCUUUCAGGCCAAAUUUAAGGUUGCUGUACCCAAAAUGCCAAUCAUAAUAUUGCAAACUCAUGAUUCCUUUCGGCAGAAAGUUUGUGAGGGGUGUAGGCCAGAGUGAAUGAUGAAGCCCACAUACUAUAGAUACUGUUUCAUCUCACAUUUGAGAUUCAAGGAUGUUUUUGUUGGUAGUAUUUUUUAUCUUACAUCUGGGUGGAAGGAAUUCAAGAAAACUUUCAUUGCUCCUGGUCUUGGAACUGAAACAAAAUAUCCUUGAAUUUCAUGCGCUUCAAAUAUUAAAUAAUUGACACUAAUAUUAUUGUUAUUGGCAAAAAAAGAAAAAUGAAAGGUGAAGAACGUACUAUUGUAUCAGGUUCAAUAUUGCUUUUGAGGUAAACGGCGUGGGUUUUUUAGUCUUGGUUGUAAGUGAGGUUAACUCUACAUACCAGUAUGUUAAAAAAAUCAUUUUCAGUGCGUUUAUUACAGCCCUGUUCAUAGUAUUUGUAAGAAAACAAAAUAACUGCAUUUGUCCUUUACUGCGACUUUUUGAAGCAAAUUUGGCCUUCUGUUAUUGAUUCACACAGACCUGUUUGGUAGCGCGAAAAACCCUGCUGCAAAUAAGUAGUUUCUGUCCAAGUUUUGGGGGUAACUGGGCUUCACAUUUUAUGUAAAGUGCUGGUACAUAAGAGUUUUGGCCAAGAAAACUAUUCCUCAUUUUCUUACUAAGUUACCCUAUUCUGGUCAAAUCUUGCAGUGAAUACUAUAUCACUCGCCAUCAUGCAAAAGUGAGAGUUAUCUUUGAUGAGCCAGUACUUGGUUAACUUUCCCCAAUACUCUUGAAUUCUCCUGAAAGAUAAUCAGGUAAAAUGGUGGGUAUAGGUCAGACUCACUCAGGUAAAACAGGGUCAUUCAACUCUACUUUUAACACAAAAUCAAGAACAUAAUUAAGAAAGAUAAAUUCCAAGUUUCUGACAGAAGCAAUGUCAGUGUUUUAUUCACCUGUGUUUUGACACAAAGUCAACAGUAUAUCUAUUGAAAAACCCAGCCUGUAGAAGUUCUGAAAGUCUCUACAUUACCUUUCAUGACUAAUCAACAGGUUACCACCACGCAAGGUUUCCCUUCAACUAUAGUUGUUUUUCUAUUUAUUUUGCCUCUGGUAUUUUAGUUGGAUUGGAAAAACAAAAAUCUAUGUGUUUAAGUUUACAAAACACUAUUUGUGAAGACAAGAGAUACCAUCAUAUGUUCCACAGCUGUGAAGCUUUGAAACGAUUUUAUCUACCAGUGUAUUUUUGAGUACUGUAGAGUUGACUGUACAAGCUGAAUUCUUUAACAGACAUCAAAGUCGUAUAUUUUAUCAUUAAAUGAUUUUAUGGAGCAUAGUUUAAUAGUGGCAUGAUGAAACAAUGGAAGAUGUUGCUUAAUUAAAAAACACAAGGCUGGGCUUAUGAGGGAUUGAAUGCUUGUGUAAACUUAAGCUGCUUGCAAUGUUAGCACAGGUUCUUUUUCAGUCUUCUGAAGCUCUCUCUUGUGUUUUAGUUUUUUUUGCUAAAAAGUGGAGAUAACUCACAAUGUCAAAUAAGAGCUAAAGAUUAACAAAAGGAUGGCUUUGUUUAAUUUCAAUGAUUGAUAAUUUUUAACAAUAACCUCUCGGGUGAGUAUUACCAAGGGAAGCCAGUUAAGUUUUCAGCAUCAUUACUUUGUUGCUGGAAAAAAAUAUUUGGGUAAAGAUCAUAGUUGUGAUCUCUUUUUUCAUGUCGCACUUAAGCUGCCGUUGAAAACGUUUUGUUAGACAAUAUGCCAUGCCUAGGACUUUGCCUUUUUAACAUCAAAAGAGAGAAUGUAGCUAAGAAAAAGCUAAGGAGGCUUUUUUAUUAGUUAAGCUGUUUUUUUUCUUUACUCAGUUGCACCUUCCAAAUUACCUUAUGUCUUAGCCUGCAGCCGGCUCUUAGGGACAUCUCUGCAUCAGUAACUUGCUUUAUUUGGAAGGGAAGGGUACAAAAUGAGUUAAUUGGCUUCCCUUGGUGAGGUCACUGGCUGUGAUGGUAAUAAGCCCCAGUGACACAUUCACGGUACUGGAGAGCUUUGAUUGUCUGUCUAUCGCCAAGUAGUGAAGUAAUGUUGGUACAUUAGGAUCUGGUGGGAGUGUGAGUAUUCUUACACUUCGUAUUUUUGUUAACUCUAAACGUCCCAGCUCUGAAAAAGGAUUAGGUUGCUUUCCUUUGGGAUGACCUGGAUCAGAAUGAGUGAUCCAAGGUCACUCAGAUUAUAGUGCUUCAAAGCAGCUGAUGAAUCCUUGUCCAGAGCGGAUCUGUCGGUUCCUUCGAUCUCGGAUCACUGAUCCUGAUCUGGAUCAUCCCCCCAAAAAAGCACCCCUAAAGCUGCGGUACUGUGCAAGAGUUGAAAAAAAAAAUUAUCAGGGUUAAAAUGUCACCUUGAUAUGCUGCCAAAUUAGAAACUGAAGCAGAUGAAACUCCAGAGCAAUUAGAUGCAAAGGAGUCAAGGAUCAAAAGUAGUCUUUUCUUUUACUUGGUGCACCCAGAGGGCUUUUCUUUUGCUAGUUUGGGUGACUUAAAACCAUGUAUUCCAAAAUAGAAUUCAAAAAAUAAUUUCUUUCUUGAAACAGAUGUAAUUUGGUAUCAAGCAUUAAAACAGACUCAAGCUUACAGAUCGGAGAAUGACCCAGUCAUGUAAACAGUGUAGUUGGCAUUAGGUUCUUGGUUGUGGCUCUGAUUUAAAAAAAAAGAUUAUUCAUCUUGGUUGUUGUUGUGGAAUUUGGUCAUACUACUGCCUGUUACUUACAAACUUGUGGCGUGCUUUGGUCACUUUUGUGCCGGUUAUUGAACUUGUAAAUAAGUCUCAACCAAAACCCUAAUAUGUUUAGGAUUGCGAUAACCAGGCAAUUAAAUGAAAAAACUUUCUUCACUGUUGUUUCCUCUAAUUUUCAUGCCUUUCUCGCUAGAGCUGUACCCUUUCUUCUUUAUUCUCCACUAAAAAUAUGAAUUUUUUUGAAAAAUGUCAUUUUUAUCAGAAUUGGCAAAGGUACGGCUUUUUUCAUAGUAUGCACAUCCGUGACAUGGCAGUAAAAGUUGCUACGUGUAUCUCAUGUAGUGGUGGGUCUAGCUAGUGGGGAUACAUAUGGGAUUCCUAUUUGUUAUAAAAUGAUGUUCCAUAGGGCUGAACUUUACAUUUUCAAUAAAGUUUCCCAUUUUGUUAAUCCCAUGUUCCACUCCCUCACAAGUCUGGAUGUGCCACUUAUGCAGUAAAAGUGAUAUGGACUGUAAUGGCAUUUUGUUAAAAAGAACUGUUCUCGGUUUGAGUGUGAUUGGUAAAUGUUAAAACCUUUGUUGCAACUUUGAAAGUACUUGCUCAAGAUAUUGUAGCAGUUUUUUUUUGCUCCCUGUAAAAAAAGUCAAUCAAAAAAGCAUCAAGGCAUUAAUUUAAGUUUAGGUUUUUUAAUGAUUCUGUAUCACCUUUGCUGUGGAGAGGACAGGUAAGUUAUGAUACAGGUAGCAUUUUACUGCCAUGCAAAGUAACUUUUUACAAAGGCCUUACAAGCUUGGUGUGGUAACAUGUCCAUGUUUUGUUUAUUUGUUGCAGCGGCGUACAAGCAUGCAGAUGGAAAGAAGAUAGAUGGCAGGAGAAUCGUGGUAGAUGUCGAGCGAGGCCGCACUGUCAAGACGUGGAAACCACGAAGACUUGGUGAGUUCAGUUUAUGCAUCAAAAACAUCGAUAUGUUUAUUACAGGGGUCGAAUCCCGGGGGGGGGGUACUCCCUUAUAAGGGCUUAAUGGGGACGUGCGGCCAGCCAGGGUAUGUUUUCCGGGAUUUUUGUCUUAAACAGGGUAUGGUUUCUUAGACAGGAGCCCAUAACCCUGUUCUUAGGCGAUAAACAGCCUGCGCUUAUGUUCUACUAAUGUCUUAAACUGGGUAUCAAAAUCGGAAUUCUGUCUUAAACAGGGUAGGAAAAUCAGCGAUUUUUGUCUUAAACAGGAUCAGGGUAUGAGGGGCCAAGCCGCACCUCCCCACCCAAGGAUAUAUCGAGUACCCUUCCCCCGGGGGUCGAAUAAAGUCCAUUCAUUCAUUGGUGCAUUUUUUUAAUUCUGUUUCGCAACAGUUAACUGAUCACUGCAUUUAUCUGUAGGAGGAGGUCUGGGAGGAACUCGUAUUGGCGGACCAGACGAUAACAUCAAGCAUUCAGGACGUGUAGAAAAUAACAAUGAAAGAUACGAGUAAGAAGCCAGCUUGGCGUGUUCACUUAAUUAAUGACUAUAUUUCUGCUCAGUUGUCCUUUCAUUACAUGAAAUAAGUGAUUUGAAAUUCAUAUGUAAACGCUUAUUCAAAAGCUUUUCUUGGGAAUCAAAAAGUGGCAUUUCUUAAUAUUUCUUUUAUUUAUUUGUAAUUUUGAGUUUUUAUUACAAUGUUGGUUAUUGAAAUUUCUCUACUAUCUCGUUUUGUUUCAUUCUUCAUCCCUGAGUUUUAAAUACGUUUAUCUCUUACUUUCGUGAUGCUUUCUGACGAUAGCAUUGAUCCUUUUUAUCCCCAGGGACCGCGACCGCGAUAGAGAUCGUGAUCGAGAUCGUGAGCGAAGAGACCGUGACCGUGACCGUUUCAGGGAACGUGAAAGAGAUCGUGACCGAGACCGAGAUCGUGACCGCGAGAAAGAGCGUCGAAGACACAGAAGCAGGUCACGCGAGAAAGAACGAGAUCGGGAC